CACAAACCAAAUGCAGUUGUACAGCACGCGUACGCGUUACUUUUUGUGUUGGUUUCAACGCUGAAUAAUUUUGAUAAACUGUGUUUACGGAGAAGACAAUCAGAUUAAACUUCAGGUAUUUGAAACGAAGAUCUCAAAAACAUAUUCAAUUUGAGAUGCCUGCUAAAACCAGUGUCAGCCACCAGACCUCAAUGCGAAACAAAGUGGAAAUAACUAACCAAAGAGAUCAGGAGAUGAAACAGAGAAAAAAGUCAAGGCCAGGUCCACAAGGCGGAGGGGAUGACUACCUGAUGGAGGUGUUUGAGAUGUUCGACGUCAACAGAGACGGCAGCAUCAGUUUGAAGGAGCUGAGGAAAGCCAUGCAGAUGCAGGGACUGAACCCGAAAAUGAGUGAAAUGAAGCAGAUUUUUGAGCAGUACGACGGAAAUAAUGACCAGAAGCUUUCAUUCGAUGAGUUUUCAAGGCUGUGCAACCGCAUCCCUCCUGACACUCCUGAAUCCCUUGUUGCCGCCUUUAAGACCCUGGACAAAGAGGGCAAAAGUUACCUCAAUUUAUACGACCUCAAGUCAAUUUUGAAGACAUUUGGGGAGAAAAUGACAGACGAAGAGAUUGAGUUCAUGAUGGACAUGGCAGACGUCAACAGGGACGGCAAAGUGGACUUCGCAGAGUUCGCGGAACUUCUCCUCGGGCACAGUAGCAAUGCGUCAUCAAACACGGGAAGAUUACAGACCACAUUUGCCACCAACAUCAAGUGAAAGAGAGGAAAAUUAACAUCAACAACAUCACAAAAUGAUAAAAGAAAUUAACAUUAUCAAUUCGAAAACUAAUAGGGUAAAAACCAAAAACUGAUAUAAAAUAGAGUCAAAAACAUUGAAGCAAGUUUCAGCAGUUUAAAAAGGAUAUUUGUUAGUUUUUUGUUUCAGUUGAGUCAUUUGGAACUAGAAUUAAAUAUAGUUUUUAA